GGAAAUAUCGAACCGGAAAUACGGCGAUAUCGAUAUCGAGGGCUUAUCGUCGAUAUACAAAUCAACUAUUGUAACAUUACUAAUUUGACAAAUUCGCUCUCGUCCACACGCAAUGGCGGAUAGACGUUUCAAAAGUAGAUCCCGUUCGGCUUCUAUUAAGCGUCAUAGAAAAUAUUCCAGGUCUCGAUCAACUGAGUCUAGAACACCUAGCCCGCAGCUGAAGAGAGGGCGUCCAUAUUAUGACGACAGAAGCUUCAAUUCGAACAGAAGGCAAUACAGAGAAAAGCGAGGACGACCAAAUCGUUGGGAGGAUGAUCCAUCCGAGGAUGGUUUCAGAGUUCAUGUUGGAGAUAUAGUUAAGAGGACCACUCAAGAUGAAAUAGAAGACGCUUUCCGCAAAUAUGGUUAUAUAAAAGAUAUAUUUGUGGCUAAUACGUUCCCACAGUUCGCAAUUGUCAGUUAUGAGGACAAGCUUGAUGCUGAAGAUGCUAUCAGAGAAUUGGACGGAAAUUUCUCAUGUUCGCAACACAUGUUACAGUUUUCUAAAUGGAUCUAAAAUUUCCGUUUCUAUCGCCCGUCCACGAAAGAGACAAAGAGACGAAAGAAAAGUACAUGGAUCAUUUUCAUGCUACAAAUGUGGAAGGUCGGGACACAUAGCAAGAGAUUGUGAAGAUCGCGACGAUUAUCAAUCCCGUAACGAGGGGGGAUACAGCAGAGGCAGAGAUAGAGACCGUGAUACUUGGAAAGAUAGAAGACAAGAAAACAAGUCCUACGGAAAUGGAGACAGAGGCAAUCGGCAAAUGUCAUGUUACCGAUGUGGAAAAACUGGACACAUCUCGCGAGAGUGUGAUAAUAUGAAUGAAGUUGAUUCAAAACGAAGACAACGAUCGCGAUCGUACUCACCGAGGAGACGAAAGUCUAGAUCUACAUCAUACUCACCAGCGGGCGACAAGAAAAACAAAUCUCUUUUGGAUUCAAGUUCUCCAAAUGGUAGAGGAAAUGAUAGAUACAGAGAUGACUUUGAUGACUAUGGGAGAGAUAGAAGAGACCGAAGGGAGAAAAGGGAUGGAAGAGAUGGCCGCGAUGGGAGAGACGGUCGAGAUAUAAGAGACGCAAGGAGUCGUAGAGACAGUAGAGAUAGUAGAGAUGGAAGGGACGCCAGGGAUUACAGAGAUGAAAGGGAUGUUCACGAUGAUUGCGAUGAUAGAGAUGAUAGAGAUGAUAGAGAUGAAAGGGAUGAUAGAGAUGAAAGGGAUGAUAGGGAUGAUAGGGAUGACAGAAUGGGACGAAACGAUAGGGACGAUAGAGACGAUCGGGAUGAUAGAGAUGAUAGAGAUGAUCGGGAGGAUAAAGACGACCGAGAAGACAGAGAGAUUUCAAUGGAGAAUGAUCAAUAUUGAAGUGAAAUUUUGUUGUCAUUUGUUUAAAUUGUAUAAUAAACACCAAGUAAAAUAAUGUAUUUCGUAUUUUCGCUUAUUAACUGUACCUCUUUGUACGUAGUGCUUACGUUUUCAAAUACUGAGUGCUAGGUAAGACAAUGAACGAACUCGAAAUUCGGUUUAUUAAUGAUAUGUAAAGACAGUUAAAUAAAUGUAAUAAAAAAAGUAUCCGUAGUUAGUUAAAACCAUCCUCUUGUAAGAGAGACUGUAAACUAAAACACGUUUUAAAAAAGCUAACAAACCUAACAGCAAUUUAUGAAGCAAAGUCUGUAAUUUCUAUUCCUUUAAACUAUCUAUAAAUAUGUAAAUUAGAAUAAAAUAUAUAAGAUAUAUAUAUACUCACCAUCUAAUUUGAAUAAACGAUAGGGAAUUUCUAUUUUCGAGAAUAAUGUCUUUAUUAAUAUAAGCACUAAAAGUUGUGUC